AUGCUGGAAUCGCAAGAGCAAUUUCCUUACUUCUUGCCGGACGAGGUAGCCAUCCACAACAAGACCGACGAUUGCUGGCUCACCUGCUUAGGAGGCGUUUACGACCUCACGGACUACGUAAGGCAAAACUGCAGGAGCCUGAUCAGCAUGUACCUGGUGGCCCACGGUGGGAAGGACGUGAGCCACUGGUUCGAAGCACGGGGACGUCGUCGAGGGCCCGUCGCGAGGCUCAAGCGCUACGUGGAUCCAUCGACGGGCGAUCGUCGGAUCCUCCUUCCAUACUCGACUCCCAUUCCCGAGGGUACCGAGAGCAUCCCGACGAUCCAGCCGGAUCCCGAGGGCUGCCACUGCAGCUGCAGCUGUACCAGUAGCUGCGCCAACUCCUGCAGCGGACGGUCAAUCGAGAUCGGCGACAAAAAGAAGCAGAACAUUCGUCCGAGCUGGCCCACUGAUUGUUUUGAAUUUCUCGUCGUGAUAGACGCGCGCCUAACGGGAAAGUCCUGGCUGGAGCUCGAGCACAUCUUCAACGGCAGCAAGUAUCAAAUAGGCUGUCUGACUAAAAAGUCGAGACCUUGCAAAAUAACGAACGUGUUAACGGGUCAGCAGGCAACGAUAUCGGUCUGCGAGGAAGAUAGCAUCCGGCGGAUUCGGGAGCGCGCCAAGAUCCUCAACCUGCACGGCGAGUCCUACACGUGGAAGUUCGAGGGAAAGCCCCUGGAUCUGGCAUUGUCUCUGACGGGAAACGGCAUCGCCGACGAGCGCGAUCGGUAUCUCGCCUGCGGCCUUCCCGACGACUCCACCACCUACGUUCCCAAUCUCCUUUGUUAUUACAACGACGACCUGACGGAGCUGUGA